GCCACCAACAACCAAAGGCGUUAUCGGUGUAAAAAAAAGUGGGGAAAUUGUGAACACUUUGCUUAAUUCAAUUAUGGGGAGCGGACUUUGAACAGUGACGGGGUCGGGGUAGAAAUUCGUUGCUUUGACGGGUCUUGUAUAGAACCUACUCAACUAUAUAAGGCGAGCGGUACAUCGGGGCCAGCAAACGACAAGGUCACAAUAACAUAAACAUAUAACUAGCGUUCAUAAAAAAAAAAACUUAUAAUUUUUUGAGCAUUUUGGUACUGCAUGUUUUGGGGGGUUCAUGCAAAGACAACUAUUGACUACCAUGGCACCUCGCUUCACGUUGACGUAUUUUGAUAUUCGAGGGAAAGCUGAAGUUAUUCGUCUGAUGUUUGCAGCUAGUGGGGUAGAGUUUGAAGACAAGAGAAUCGCUGUGGAAGACUGGAGCAAAAUCAAACCAAGUACUCCGUUUGGCAGGUUGCCAAUUCUUGAGUUUGAUGGAAACGUUCUUCCUGAAACGAAGGCAAUUGCUGGAUUUGUUGCCAGAGCGACAGGCUUGUAUGGCCAAUCAAGCUUAGAGCAGGCCAGAAUCGAUGUUGUCAUGGAGAUAAUUCAUGAUCUACAGCUGACAUUUGCCAUUGGACAAGUCCAGAAAGAUGCUAAAAACAAGGAAGAAUUAACCAAGUCUUUUUUUGAGAAGGAUUGUCUCAAGUUUGUCAACUGGUUGGAGGGACUUCUUGUACAGAAUAAAGGAGGAGAUGGUUUCUUUGUGGGAGAUUCGGUGUCCAUGGCGGAUCUUGAUUUCUAUGCUGGACAUGAGCUCCUUCUGAAGGGGAACCCAGCUGCAUUCCAGAAUGCACCCAAGUUAACAUCGCUGAUAGCUCGAGUAGAAGAGAUCCCCAAAAUCAAAGAUUGGUUGCCGAACCGUCCAGCAAAAUUUUCAUUUACUAUGCCAUAAAGUGACUUGAGUGAAUUUUAUUUCAUUUUCAUUAUCAUUUUCAUUGUCAAUUCUGGUUGUGAAAAAUAGUUAAUGGCCUGACGU